AUGGCGUCAAAGUUACAGCAGUUGCAGUCCAAAGCAUGUCAAGCAUCUCAAUUUGUAGCCAAACAUGGAACUAACUACUACAGGCAAUUGUUGGAACAGAACAAGCAAUACAUUCAGGAGCCUCCUACAGUAGAAAAAUGCAACCUGUUAGCGAAGCAAUUGUUUUACACUCGCCUUGCUAGUAUUCCGGGUCGUACAGAGUCCUUCUGGAAGGAACUUGAUUAUGCCAAGAAUCUAUGGAAGAACAGGAAAGAAUUGAAGGUGGAAGAUGCAGGUAUUGCUGCUUUGUUUGGCCUGGAAUGCUUUGCAUGGUUUUGCGCUGGUGAGAUUGUUGGAAGGGGAUUUACUUUCACCGGUUAUUAUGUCUGA